CUAUAUUUGAAACAACACACAUUUUUUAUUCAUUAACAACUCAAUUAUCAAAUAACAUGGGACAUUAUAUCAUGCGGGAUCCUUAAUGAAAGGUUGAAAGCUGUCAUGUUGUGUCACUAAUUAAUACAAUAAAUAAAACAAAACAAGCCUCCUAGUUCAGACCGUUUGUGUCCAAUACCAUUAUCAGCAUCUAGGCACAACUUUGCCUUGCCAACUUCGUCAAACUGAAAAACAAUUAACAAACAAGAGUGUAUGAUUGAUAUGACUCUGUUCUCACUUCUUGAUUGGUUCCAAAACCCAUGUCAAGCUUCUUUCUGCAUUUUCAACAUCCACCAUCAUCAUGAGGUUGGCCUUUAAAAAAAGCUUUUGCUAUGUGGUGGUGGUGUUGUUUGUGUCAUUGAACUUGGUCUUGUGUGUUGAAGAUUUUCAUCCAGAAGAAAGAGAUGCUUUGUUAGUCAUAAGGGAUUCUUUAAAUUCUUCUCUUGAUUUGCAUGGGAAUUGGACAGGGCCUCCUUGUAUAGAGAAUCUUAGUAGAUGGAUUGGUGUCACUUGUUCCAAUUGGCAUGUUGUUCAUAUUGUUCUUGAAGGAGUUAACCUUAGUGGCUUUUUACCUCCCACAUUCCUUCAAAACAUAACUUUGUUGACCCAGAUUAGCUUCAGAAACAAUGCAAUUUUUGGGCCUCUACCAAACCUCACAAGUUUGGUGUUUUUGGAACAGGUCUUGCUCUCAUUCAAUCGUUUCUCAGGGUCAAUUCCUGGGGAGUAUGUUGAAUUGCAAAGUCUUGAAGUGUUGGAGCUGCAACAAAACUACUUGGAUGGUAAAAUUCCACCCUUUGAUCAACCAUCAUUGACAAGUUUCAAUGUGUCAUACAAUCAUCUGGUAGGGCCAAUUCCUGAAACUUCUGUUCUUCAAAAGCUCCCAAAGAGUUCAUUUGAUAAUAAUUCAGAUCUUUGUGGAAAGCAAUUGGAUAAGUUAUGUCCUGCUGAACCUCCUGCUCCACCUCCAAUCCCUGCAGUGGAAAGAAAUAAGAAGAGACUUCAUGUAUGGAUUAUUGCUUUGAUUGCUUCUGCAGCUGCACUGUGUCUUUUUCUGAUCAUUAUUUCUUUCUUGUUUUCUAUAAGAAAAGCAAGUAGAAAAGAAACAAGAAGAGAUGGUUCAGCAGGGUAUGUUUUUGGAGCAUGGGCAAGGAAGAUGGUGUCUUAUCCAGGGAACAGUGAAGAGUCUCAAAGAUUAGGCCAAUUAGAAUUUUCCAACAAGAAUUUCCCAGUUUUUGACUUGGAUGAUUUAUUAAGGGCAUCAGCACAAGUUCUAGGAAGAGGGAACUUAGGUGUUACAUACAAAGCAACACUUGAAACUGGCACUGUUGUUGCAGUGAAGAGACUUAGCUCCAUGAGUGAAUUGAGCAGGAAGGAGUUUCUGCGGCAGAUGCAAUUGUUAGGACAGAUAAAGCAUGAAAAUAUAGUAGAAAUUAUAUCCUUUUAUUAUUUAGAGGAGCAAAAGCUGAUCAUAUAUGAACUCACCUCUGAUGGCAGUUUAUUUGAACUCCUACAUGAGGGUAGAGGAGCUGGAAGAGUAUCUCUUGAUUGGACCACAAGGCUAGCUAUUAUCAAAGACAUAGCAAAAGGUCUUGCUUUCCUUCAUCAUUCUUUGUCUUCUCACAAGGUUCCUCAUGCCAACCUCAAAUCAUGCAAUGUCAUAGUCCAUCAAGAUAGCCAAGGCUACCAUUCCAAGCUCACAGACUAUGGCUUCUUACCUCUACUCAAAGGUAAAAAGAAUGCAGAAAAGCUAGCCAUAAGCAAGUCGCCAGAAUUUGUUAAAGGGAAUAAGAAGCUGAGUCACAAAGCUGAUGUUUAUUGCUUUGGUAUCAUCAUGCUAGAGAUCAUAACUGGUAAAGUUCCUGGUCAAAUCUUAGGAGUUGAGGAAACAACCAGUGAUCUUUCAGAUUGGGUGAGAACAGUGGUGAACAAUGAUUGGUCCACAGAUAUAUUGGAUUUAGAGAUUCUAGCAGAAAAAGAAAGGCAUGAUGGAAUGUUGGAGCUAACAGAGCUGGCUCUGGAGUGUACAGAUAUGGCACCAGAGAAAAGGCCAAAAAUGAGUGAAGUGUUGAAGAGAAUGGAAGAGAUAGAGCAAAUAAAAAUAGAGAAUGACUAAACAAAUUUAAAAGUCACUAUAGCAUGGUGUAUUGUUUUGUAUCAAGAGUACCCCAUUUGUGUUCAUAUAUUCAUCAAAACACUCAAUUCAGUUGACAAUGAUAGAUAAUCUAAAGUAGAAAUUGGCUCCA